CUAAGCUUCCCCGCACAAGGUUCGCGCGUGCGCACUGCUCUUUCCGAUGCAGCGGGAGGCUGAGAGCCACGAGCCGGAAGUACGCAAAAGGGGUUCCGGCGUCGCGCAGGUUCCGGCGACUAAGGCGGCGAAAUGGAGGAGACGCCGCACAACUGUCCCGGCACCGGCAGCGCCCAGGCCGGCCGAGGGGCGGCAUGCCAAGGGUGCCCCAACCAGCGGCUGUGCGCGUCAGGCGCCGGCGAGACUCCGGACCCUGCUAUAGAGGAAAUCAAAGAGAAAAUGAAGACCGUGAAACACAAAAUCUUGGUGUUGUCUGGGAAAGGCGGCGUUGGGAAAAGCACGUUCAGCGCCCACCUUGCUCACGCCCUAGCGGAGGAUGAAAACACGCAGGUUGCUCUUCUAGACAUUGAUAUAUGUGGGCCGUCCAUUCCCAAGAUUAUGGGAUUGGAAGGAGAGCAGGUGCACCAGAGUGGCUCGGGCUGGUCUCCAGUGUUCCUGGAAGACAACCUGGGGGUGAUGUCAGUGGGUUUCUUACUCAGCAGCCCCGACGACGCUGUCAUCUGGCGAGGACCCAAGAAGAACGGCAUGAUCAAGCAGUUCCUCCGCGAUGUGGACUGGGGAGAGGUCGACUACCUCAUCGUGGACACCCCACCCGGGACGUCGGACGAGCACCUCUCGGUGGUCCAGUACCUGGCCGCCGCGCGCAUCGAUGGGGCCGUGAUCAUCACCACCCCCCAGGAGGUGUCCCUGCAGGAUGUCCGGAAAGAAAUCAGCUUCUGCCACAAGGUGAAGCUGCCCAUCAUCGGGGUGGUGGAGAACAUGAGCGGCUUCGUCUGCCCCAAGUGCAAGAAGGAGUCUCAGAUAUUCCCGCCCACUACGGGGGGCGCAGAGGCCAUGUGCCAGGACCUGAAGAUCCCGCUCCUCGGCAAAGUGCCGCUGGACCCGCACAUAGGGAAGAGUUGUGAUGAAGGACGGUCUUUUUUGAUUGACGCGCCAAAUUCACCAGCUACGUUAGCCUACAGAAGUAUAAUUCAAAUGAGGCUGGCUCCGUAUUCUAAGAAUGUAUCAGCAGUUCCAGCCAGAGCAUCUCUUCGCUCAAACGGGCCACCUGCAUCAGGACAGUCACCAUCCGGGCGCAGCCCACGUGUCCCGGGAGCAGCGGGAGCAGCGGCAUCAGAGGGAGGCUCACCUUCACAGACCAGAAGUCGAAGGAGAGGAGGAGGAGCACAGUGACGAAGCAGCCCACAAAGCUCCUGCUGAACCAGUCGCAGCCCACGUAAGUGACGAUGGCGCUCACUCGGAAAAACAGGUGGAAGAAGGUGGCCAGGGGGUGCCUAGGAAAGAACACGGGGGG